AUGGAGGGUAAAACUGCUCCCGAACUGAACGGAGGGAGAACCUCAUUACUUAAGGAUAAGCUGAGGCGACUCGCCGAAUGCGACGAGAUAGUUUCAAGCGAGACCGUUGACGCUAUCGGGAACGUCACGAGAGAUAUCGAGAUGGCCGAGGACAACGUGCCGAGCACCGACGAGUUUGACGAAGACCUUGAGGAAGAGUUCCGGAAUCUGAACGAUAUUCUUGAUCUACCGCACGACACCUAUUCCCUCACUAAAAUCCGACCGGAGUUACCUGCCUGCGUGAAAUACGGCGUGCGUUCCGGCGUGACUCACCAGAACAUGUCGAGAUUCUCGCCACUAUCCAGGGGUUAUCAGGGUGGCGCUAUAGCGAUUGCAGCUUUCGCCACGACCGCGAUUCGAAAAUCUCGCCAUUGGAACGAGGCGGUGAUCGAUCAGAUCGUCGACGACGGCGACACUUUUUACUGCGAGUCUUACAAGAGCGUGAGCACCGGCGAUCGUCGGACGAUGACUGUCCUCGACUUGAAGAGGGAUCUCACCGUUCGGAAGAACUUCAACGUGAAGGUCAGGAUCGAAGAGCCGGCGUACGCCGGUAAGUUUCGCUCGCACGACCCGACGGAGCUUCACCUGGCGAAGGCGCUGGAGUUGUUUUUCGAUCGACACGACGCCGGUAUCUUAACGUCGCCGGUACUUAACACAGCCAUUUGGAGGGACUCCAAAUAUUACAAUAUAUUCGACUCCCAGGCUCGACGAGAUAACGGCGAGCCUGCAGCCGACGGUGUUAGUGGAUCGGCCAAAUUAUUUCUCCUGAGGGACUUGAUGAGCGUGCUGUUCGUUAUCUUGGAGAAAAGCAACGUGCGAAAUGAACCAUUCGUUAUUCACGCCAUUAGUAUUUGCGCGGUUGGACCGGUUUCGAAGGAGCCCGAAGCCGAGGAAACGCUCGGGAAGCCGCGAAGGAGACCGAGCGGUUACGCGAUUCGCCAAAAGUACCGAGCCGUCGUGCGAGGAUCCUAUCAUCUAGCGCAUCCCGCCAUACCGAAAGCCUUACGUCAGAAAGGACACCUGAUUAUAGCCUUGGCCGCCUUGAUAUACUCCCGGCUGAUUAACGCUAACAAGUGGACCACGGCUUUGCUCGACCUGAUCCUCAAUCAGUCCAAUAUCUACUUGAUCGAUCUAGCGAGGGUCCUCGGCAGGAAGCUCGACGACGACGCGUUCGAGCUUCGACUGGAAGAUUUAAUGAGCGACAUCGUCCUCGGAGUGUACACCGCCAAGGUGAAGAUAGACGCGAGCGUGCUGCCGGAUCCCGCGCAAAAGGGGAAGCUCACUCUCGACAGCGGCUUGCAGCAGUUCUUCCGGAAGCACGAGAUCGGGAUACUCGAGAUGAAGAAGGUCUUCUACGCGAUCUGGAAAAGUGGCAGCGCGUACUACCUCCUCGAUCCUUUCGCGUGCGACGAUGAGGGCUUCAGGGUCGACCACGUUGACGCGAAGAUCGCAGUCGCCGCAUGCGUGACCAUGAACAGCGCCGUGCAGCAGAUGUUGGAGACAAUAUUGGAGAAUACCGGAAGCAAGGAUAAGGAUCCUUUUGUGAUACACGGAGUUAAGGUUCUGUACGUUAAGACCGGCACGGCACCAGGCGAGUCGCUCGAGAAGGUUAUUUACCGAGAGAAGGGCACGAACCGUAGACCACGGUCACCGUUACGACCGGCGCCGCUGGAUACGGAAAAAUUUAUAGACAUGACUCCGCGUGCUCGACCUACGAGAAAAUUCACGCAAGUAUCUACCCAGUUUCCAGAGAUAAUGCUUAACGUGGAUCAGUACAUGAUGACGGACGAUGAGCCGACGACUUUUGUGCUCGCGCUAGAAGAAAGCAAGAAGAAAGAAAAAGUAGAAGAAGAGGAAGAAGAAGAGGAAGAGGAGGAGGAGGAGGAGGAGGAGGAGGAAGAGGAAGAGAAAGAGGGUAUAGCUGAGGAAGAGACGGAGGAAACACACAAGGAUGACGAGGAAAUAACAGAGGCAGGUGAAGAAGCACAGGAGGAAUCUCCGGUAAGCUUCAUCACAGGAUACAGAAUGAUAAAUGCUCACCGUUUGAUUCUUCAUGGUACAAAGAAUUGCUUAAGCGAGGAAUUCAGUCUGAAAUCACGCGGCAGACAAGGUUUGAUAGUCGCCUUGACCGCGUUAACGUACAGAAGAUUGAAGGAGCCGACUCACUGGCGGAAUAUAGAUGUAGAUCAGAUCGUUAAGGUCAGUAACGCCGCUUACGAGUGGGUUGUAACGUGGAUCGAGCAAGGUCGGCCGGAAAUAAAAGAAGCGAAAGCACCGGAAGAGAAAUUAGGAGAAGAGGAAGAAGAGGAGGAGGAGGAGGAGGAGGAGGAAGAAGAGAAAGAGGAAGAGGAGGAGGAAGAGGAGGAAGAAGCUGAAGUUCGAAAGGUAGCGGCUGCUCCGAGUCACUUAAACAUCUCUCUGUUGCCGCCUAGAUUGAAGUUGGCCGAGUACGACGCCUUAUUUAAAACGAAGACGAACAUCGUCGAUGGUGACGCGGAUCCCUUGGCUAAUCUAGCGGAAGCUCUCGAGCGUUACUUCGAACGAUACCCUGAAGUCGUUCUGGAGAACAAGAGGCUGAUGUACGCUGUUUGGCAGGAGGACGGCAAAUUCUUCCUGUUUAAUCCUUACGGGAGCGAUUCGGAAGGGUGGCGCCUGCGGGAUUACCCGGCUUCUCUCGUCGUAGCGGACAGUCUAAACGAGCUGACCGACGUUCUUCAUGGUGUCUUAGAAUAUAACGAUCCAAGUUUCUCGCUUCAUUUUGCGGCUCUGGAAGCGAUACAGCCGGGAAAAUAUACGUCGCCCGUGGAAAUCGUAAUUCCGGACAAACAGGUGAUUGAGAGAUUCCGAACGAAGUUCUUGCCGAUCACCGACGACGACUUGGUCAAACUUGAAGAGGCAGAGGCUGAAGCAGUGGAACCAACAGCGGAACCCACGGCGGCCAAGGAAGACAUUGAAGUGGAGGAGGAAGAGGAGGAAGAAGAGGAGGAAGAAGAGGAAGAAGAAGAGGAAGAGGAAGAGGAAGAAGAGGAAGAAGCGAUAAAAGAGCCGGAGAAACCUCCCGUGGAUCCUUUAUUAGAGGUCGAAGAACGUGCGCAACCCGACGCACCGAGUCGUCUAAACCUGGCUCUCUUGACCUCGACGGUGAGGAUUCAGGAACCGAUCGAGGAAGAAUCGAACGGUCUGCACGAAGAGCUAAUGAUGGAGAAAAUGAAGUACGAUCACCCACCGCCAUAUGUAAUGCCGCCGAGAAAAACGCUAUGCGUGUUGCUGGAAGCGAAACGGGCGAACAAAUCGGUACCAUCUUUGGUGUCGAGAUUCUCGAUCGAUUCCAGGCUAGAAGUGAAGAAGAGAGACGACUUCUCCCCGGACUUCUUGGCGUCAGCCGCGAUCGUGUCGCUGGCACAAGACGCGAAACCCUCGAAAAUGAUCAAAUUGUCCUCCACCAAGUAUCUCUAUUCGAGAUUGCCGCCAAUUCGUAUGAUGCCUCUUCGAGCCAUCGAUGAGAGUUACAUCCAGAGCGAAGAUGUCGGUAAACGGUUUGACGAAGAACAACAGGUUUCACGGAAGGCUUCAGAAAGAACAGAAUGUACGGUAUUGGCGGAAUUACCAGAAGUAGUGACUCACGCUGAGAAACCGGUGUCUGCGUUGAUACCGCUCGGACCUAUAAUCAGGACACCUGCUCCAUCGAUGAUGAAGCAUUUGACGUGUCUCGACGAGCGGAAGCGAAAGAAUGCCAAAAGAGAAUCAAUUGUCGUCGACAAGAGCUUGUGCGACGCGGAGAAACUCCUGUUUAAGAUGAUACUUCCGAACUUUGAUCCCGCUGUACAAUUACCGGGAGAGAAAGGUGUCAAGCAGACGGACGACAGGAAGCGGAAGAGAAAGAUCAUAAAGAUGAGAAGUGAGGAGGACAAGCGUUCGCAAACUGAGGCUAUUGGCUUCGAAGUCUCGAACGAAGGUGUGGAAAUAUUACGAGGCCAAUCGUGCCUGACGGAUCGCGCUCGUCCGGAGUCUUCGCAUUUGAAACCUUGCUACUUCUCCGCUAUAUUGUGCGUCCUGGCGAAGGUUGCAACGGACGUGGAAUGCUUUCGCGGCAGCACGUUGGAUCGGGUGAUCCUCUUGACCGACAAGAUAAAUCGGCGCGUCGGCAGGCUGCGGCACAGGGAUUAUAGGUGGUUCCGCGACGUGAGCAUACUCAACGUAAAUUUCAACGUUAUUCUGAAGGAGAAUGUCCACGCUGAUCCCGCGAGCUCUCCGUCGUCCGACGACCUCGAUACCGCCGUGGAGAAAUUCCUGGAGCAGGAUAGUACCGGUAUACUCGUGCUAGAAAAUUGCGCCCACGCCUUUUGGACGGCGGACGACAGGUAUUACCUGUUCGAUCCUUACGCCUGCGACGAGGCGGGAGCUGCGAGCGAGGAAGGUUACUGCUGCUUGCUACGAUUUCGCAAUUUGAGCUCCAUGCUCGGCAGAAUGAAGGAGAGCGCCGGCGAGGCCGCGAGGAAGCCGUUUAGCCUUUACACCGUGUGUAUCAGUCAUGCCGAGGCGAGGAAGCCUAAACAGAAACGAAGGAGAGGAAGCAAAAGGCUCCGCACGAAGAAAGCGGCGGAGCCGGUUCACACGGGAAAAAAACAGGACGCUCCGGCAUCAUCCGCCGAUUCGGACUCGUCUUUGAUCGAGUUAGCUGAGUGGGUCGCCUCGGACACCGAGUCGGAUCAUCGCGAUAACGUUACCGUCGUCGGCUUCAUGCCGGUGCGACACCGCGAGGCUUCGAUGCUCGAGGCGGUCGUCUUGGAGGAUGACAUCACGACGCCCACGUUGGCACCGUUUAGGAAGUUGACCGGAAAUGAUCGCGCUAAUCAGGAAGUCCCGACGCCAAGGAGAAGGACAUACGAAAGGAUAUUUCGAAACCACUCAUCCCUCGCGAUCCCUGUCGAUCUCUGCUUUAUGGCCUGGUCCUUGAUCCACGAUCCUGCGUCCUGGUCGAAGCGGACCGUUGACGCUCUGCUCGAGGCCAGCGCCGAUUAUGCCUUCGACAGCGUGUUAGCGAGCGAGGACACUUCCGUUAGCGAUAUGACCGAUGCUUUAUUGCCGGAAUUCGAGAUUGGGAAUUACGCGUUUCGAGCGGUGUUCGCGCCGUUGCAUUAUGGGACCUUGUACGCCGUGGAGGGGUGGAACCUAGCGAUGACACUGGAGAAGGUCUUCGAGACUAGGAUCUACACCGGCGCGAUAAUCGUCUGUCGCCGUGCUCACGUGGGCGUCACCAGGAGAGGCAAGAACUAUUUCGCCUGGUGGGCCGUCGUCGGUACGAAGCACCUGAGGAUAAUUACGUCCAGCAACAGAUGCGAAUUCCUCAAACUGAUCAUUAAAGAGAUCGAUGAACCCCGAGAGAUCAAGUUCGCCGUACGAGCGAUCACCGUAUCCUAUGCUCGUAAAAUGGACCCCGACUGCAGUGACGUCAAAGGCCUCCACGAGCCGGUAGUCCCGAUGGCAUCUUUGGCGGAAAUUUACCGAAAAAAGCCGGUUUCUCGCGAUGUCGAAGCGCUCUUCAGACCGAUCGACUUGAUGACCAAGCCGUUCUUCGUGCACGGAACGGUGUCGUUGAGCGAUCGAGACAGCCUAGUGGAGCCGCGUGCGAAGCGUUGUUACUUUGUAGCGCUAUUAGCCGUCAUGAUAAAGAGGGACAUCGUUCAGUCCCCUAUCCCCAGCAUGAUCGACAGGGUUCUCGAAGUGGCGGAGGGUCUGUACAGAGGAUUCCCCGAGCCGAAAUUUCACACGGAGCACAUCUUGCGAAAUAUCCCGCUGAUGAACAGGGUUUUCGAUCUUCGAGAUUGCGCCUCGUCCUUAGUCACGCUGACGACCGGUCUUAGGAACGGCAAGAACGACUUUUACAUACAAGUGAAGAAACACCUGAAGCGCUACUUCAAGACGCACACAAGCGGCAUACUCCACUUCACUAAUUGCUGCUACGGCUUCUGGUUCUCGAAGUCGACCAGAUCGUAUUAUUACUUGGAUCCUUAUCGUUGCGACGUAAACGGCAAAAGGACCUCAUUAGCCAACGGCAACGCCUGCCUGUGCAUCUUCUCUUUCUUAUGCCAAAUGGCGAGGCACAUGUGUCUGAACCAAUACGAAGGCACAACCGGGUUCUUCAUCCAUAGACUUCACGUGGACUCCAUCGACAGUCCACCGUGCGAGAAGUUCCAAGAGGAUCCGAUGUGGGUCUACUUGGACUAUCACUGGAACUUGGCGCAUUCGGCUCGACCCAAGCCGACCGAGACAACGAAGGACAGCGUCAAGGCCGACCUGCCGAGCGAACGACGCUUCUGGAACAGAUACGCCGUCGAAGUGACCGAUCUGAUCUACUCCGUUUGGGGCACGAUCGGCGCGUACGAUCGCAGAUUCGGCCAACGAGCCGGCAGGAAUCGCGCCGGCAUAUGCGUCGCUAUGCUGGCUAUGCAGCACCUCUGCCAUCCGUCGCAGUGGAGCCCUGCCAUCCUGGACUCGGCCGUGAUCUGCGGGGACACCUACUACACGGAGAGCCUGAGGCUCGCAGCGCGGAAGUGCUCAAGCCCGUCGAACAGAUUCCGGCUGCGCGCCACCCUGAGAAUGUUCCCGCACUCGUGGGCCGUGAACUUCGGCACGAACGUGUGUGGAGUUCUAUAUGGCGAUCGGGACAGCUUGACAUUAUCUGCGACGCUGAAGUUGGCUUUCGAGGAGGCUCGCAACGUAAUUAUCGAGUGCAACGAGGUCACCUUGGCUGCGGUGGCCGCCAAGGAUGCUUAUUACGUGGCCGAUCCUUGCUGGGUCGGCCCGCCGUUGUUCCCUGGCGACCGCGGCGCCAUUUACGUUUUACGCUGCAAAAACUCGAACGCGUUGCUAUACGUGAUCACGAAAAUGUUCAACACCAAUUUGAGGCUCGACGUUCGCGUCACGCCGUUCACCUUGACCUUUGAUCGCGAGAAUUUCGAUGAAGAUCCCGAGUUUUGCAAAGUCGCAAAGAAGAUCCUGCCGAAAACCGCGCGGAAAGUUCCGGGGAAGAUCGAAGAGCACAACACGCCCAUCCCCGGGGCAGUCGUGGUACCUGGUGAAAGUUCUUACCUGCGCUAUGAGCGAUGUCUCACGAAAGGUGUCACCGUAGACUUUCAACAGCGUCACAUGUUGCCUACCUUACGGACUGAAAACGCGAACAACGCAAUUGUCAGCACGAGGUGGCAUCUGAACCUCGGUCAAGCACGCCCUUCAAGAAGAGACCCUGUCGGACGUUUCCCCCCCGCUACUGAUCCGUUCGGAGUGCAACAAUCGCGAAUCUCCGUCGCGGAUUUGAUGGCCGUUUGCGACAAUUAUCCAAGAGCGAUAGACUUUGCUAGCGAUGCUCCUUCUUCACCCGGAAUAACGUCGCUCGAAUGCACCGGCAAUGUGAAACGUAGCUUCAUCAGAGAAGAAAGCCGCACGGAGUUCAACGAGCGCGUCGCAGAAAUGUCGUUGGAUUUCUACAAAAAUUAUCGCCAUCGUUUGCCAAAGCAGAAAGAAAAUAGAGCUAAGGACAAUUCCGAAGCACGCAGACAGGUGAAAUUGGACGAGGCGACCACCGACGUUACGGAUGAUACUGACGAGGAAGGAAAACUUACAACCGAGACUGAAGACGAGAAUACAGACGUGCGAUAA